CUCAUUCUUUCCUCCAGCAUGCCAUUCAGUAGGUUGAGUAAUCCACGGAGUAGACGACUAUUCAUAUCCUAUCUCAAGGAUUGGGUGCUUGUCGUCGUUAUGACUGCGAUAUUUUUUGCUAUUGACCAACUACCUCCGUAUCGACGAGAAUUCUCACUUGAAGAUAAAACUAUCAUGUUCCCAUAUGCUGUGCACGAGCAUGUGCCAGUUUGGUUACUCUUAGUGCUAUGCUUUAUCGUCCCUUUUGUCACCAUCUCAUUAUACUCUCUGCUUGUGCGCAAAAGUGUUCGGGACUUCCAUAAUGGCAUUUUAGGAUUAUGCCUUGGACUUUCGAUGACGAUCAUGAUGACAGAUAUCGUAAAGAUAACAGUUGGACGCCCACGGCCAGAUAUGUUAGACCGCUGUCAGCCAGCCGCCGGAAGUGUUGAUCCUCCUUUGGGAUUGAGCAAUUAUACCAUAUGCACCACCGAUCUCAACGGCUAUUUAAUGAGAGACGGUUUCAAAAGCUUCCCCAGCGGACACUCAUCCUUUUCAUUUGCUGGUCUGGGAUUCUUAAGUCUUUAUUUGGCGGGUAAGAUGCGGUUGUUUGACCAGCGUGGCCAUACAUACAAGGGCUUCAUAUUUGCUGCUCCGUGGACUGGUGCUUUGUUGGUUGCUAUCUCUCGUACAGUGGACUAUCGUCACCAUUGGCAAGAUGUGACAGUUGGCGCUAUUCUGGGCACUGGAUUGGCUUUCUUUGCCUACCGACAGUAUUACCCACCUCUUUGGAGCGACAUUUGUGACGAACCUUUCGCUCCUCGUAUCGAUCUGGACUUUGCACCACCUAGGCAUGACUUUUCCAAUGGUGCUGUAUAUGCCACCAUGCCUGACGAUAGCAACAACGACCUGCUUAACGAAGGUUCACCUAGUCAUUUCAGCUUAGGACAGGGGUCAGGUUCAAAUCAACACAAGCAUGGCGUACGAGCAACCACGAACGAAGCUUCUCUUGUAUAAAGUCUAUCCUGUGAUGUUUCCUCUCUUUAUCUUUUGCACUGUGCCUUUUGUGUAUCAUAUCGUAAAAAUGUCUAUAAGAUGUUAUCGUUGGGUCUGUUGAAUGAAAUGAAUUGUAUGUUUUAUUUGCACUGUGACAAGGGGGUACUCGAAUGUGACAUCUCGUGAGAUAAGAGACUGUUCUGAAAAAUGUGG